GCAUAUGUGUUUAUACACAAGUUUCUAUGAAAUAGAAUAGAAAUAUUUUGUUUAUUUACAUAAACCAACUAUUAAGAUUAUAUUGUUUUGUAUAUACAAGUAAUUAUUUCCUAACAUGUAUUCGUUAAUUAAUAAGACAGAAAAUGCACAUGAAGAUAGUAUCUGGACUUGCGCCUGGGGCUGUCCGAAAAAGAAAAAGGAAACUCAACCCGACAAUGAAGACUCGCGCGAUUCAAUGCGAUCUAAUGAUGAAGAAACAGUGGAAUACAUAGUUACUGGGUCUGUUGAUGACACUGUGAAAGUUUGGGAACAUAGGGAGAAAACAUUACAAUUGAAACACAAGUUAACUGGUCAUUCCCUUGGUGUUGUAUCUGUCGCAGUAAGUUCAGAUGGUUCAAAAUGUGCGUCAAGUUCAUUGGACUCUAGCUUAAAGUUGUGGGAUUUAGAAACUGGGGAAAAAAUAUCAAGUAUUGAAGUAGGUCCUGUAGAUAUUUGGACAGUAGUAUUUUCUCCAGAUGAUAAAUUCAUCGUAUCUGGCAGUCAUUCUGGUAAAAUACAUUUGUAUGGAACGGAAAGUGGUAAACAAGAACAAACAUUGGAUACCAGAGGUGGAAAAUUCACAUUAAGUGUUGCCUAUAGUCCUGAUGGUAAAUACAUUGCUAGUGGUGCCAUAGACGGAAUUAUCAAUAUAUUUGACGUCACCUAUGGAAAAGUAUUGCGUACAUUAGAAGGUCAUGCAAUGCCUAUUAGAUCUUUGUGUUUCUCACCUGAUUCUCAGCUACUUCUUACUGCAUCAGACGAUGGGCAUAUGAAAUUAUAUGAUGUGAAAGAUGCUAAUUUAGCCGGAACUAUGUCAGGCCAUGCUUCGUGGGUACUUGGUGUUGCUUUUUCGCCAGAUGGUCAAAAAUUUGCGUCUAGUAGCUCGGAUCACACAGUUAAAAUUUGGGAACUUGCACAACGACAAUGCCUUCAUACAUUCAACGAACAUAAUGAUCAGGUGUGGGCUGUGAAAUACAGUCCUCAAAGAAACAAUAUACUUGCAUCGGUAUCAGAAGAUAAGUGCAUUAAUCUGUAUGAAUGUCCAAUAUAUGAUAAAUAA